CCCAAUGACAUUCCCCAAACUAUUUCCCCUGCUUGGAGGAUGCAACCUCUUCCCCACUUCCUCUUCCACUCUCCCUUGUACUAGGUACAAUGCUACUAUGGGAUUCGUCCAGGGACAAUCGUCCUGCACAACAUCCUUCCCACCCCUCCAUAAUUAUCGCAGCCUGGUCCUCAAACCAAGUAAUCUCAAAUCCUGGCACUCGACCAACGAAAUGACCUUGUUCAUCCGCUCCAGGACGAUGAGAAUUGCAUUCGAACCAACUAGCUUCCUGCAUGCCUAGAUGAUCAUUCAGCCACCAGAUGAUCCCUCAUUAAAAAAGAAGUGUGCGUGGUCACUUCACAGCAUCCAGGGUGAUUACCCGUAAUACCCUUCCACAAUACGCCGAGUGUCUGUCUUCUGUCUCGUUCCCUUGUCGGUGGGCCAGAUGUUCGA